GAAGACGACGUCGUAAACCACACAAAGGGGAACUCUUGAGAGAUCUAGGGUUUGUUCCGAUGAGAGAGCCUCGAAGAAACCCCAAAUCGGAACCACAAUUCUUCAGAAUCAUCCCACCGGAGAUCGUAAUCGACAUUCUGUCACGACUUCCGAUUCGAACCAUCGCAGAAUGCAAAUGCGUCUGCAAUUCAUGGCGAGAUCUGCUCCAGACAGCCGAGUUUGCGCACACCCAUCUCUCGAAAUCAGUCGCCGGACUAAUUUUCGGCUUCAAGUGGGACUUCCGGAAUCUCAAAAUUCUGGAAUUCGUCGAUGAACUCGGUCUCGAUUUCGAAAGCCACGAUCUUCACUACAGUCUACUCACCAAAUUCAACUCCUCCAUGGGAUUCAACCAACGCUUUGAGCUACUGAGUUCAGCCAACGGUUUGCUCUUCACCCGCUUUCUAAACCCUAACCCUAAUCCUCUGUUCAUAUGCAAUCCAAUCACUCGCGAGUAUAUCCAGAUUCCAUCCACUGAAAACUCUCUGUACAGUAAUCCUGCAGUAAUCACUUACGGAUUUGGGGUUAGCAGAAAGACUCGCCAAUAUAAGUUGGUUAGGGUUCUACACGAGUACGAGGAUUAUUCGUUCGAGAAAAUUACGAAUUCUGUUUGUCACGUAUACACUCUCGGAGCAGGUAUAUGGAGAAGCGUAGCUUACGCUCCUCCAUUCGAAAACUUUAAGCGGAUAAAUGGGGUAUUUUUAAACGGUAAUCUUCACUGGUUGGUCGACAUUACGGACGCCUCCCUUGGCAUUAUUUGCUUUGAUCUCGAGAUGGAAGUUUUUAGCACGUUUUCUCCACCGAGAUAUAGUGAGAAAUAUGCUGUGGUCCUAUCAGCUUUGGGGGAUUGCCUAUGUGUAUGCGACAAUUCAUCGGAGGAUGAUGUUGUUAUAUGGUUGAUGAAGGAGUAUGGAGAUGAGAAAUCUUGGACGAAGCAAUUUGUUAUCAGAAAAAGUGCUGAGUUUGUAACUGAUUCUGAUUCGGGUCCAGCUACUAUGUAUCCGGUCAAAGUUUUCAAAGAUGGUGAUAUAUUGAUGGUAUGGUUUGACAUGUACGUGUUUUGCUACUCCAACAAGACUAAAACUACUAUAGAUUUCGAUAUGCUUGGAGUUUAUGACGGUGCUCUUGGCUUUGGCGCGUUAUUGCUCCAUACACCCAGUUUUCUUUCGCUCCGAAGUUUCCAGUUGGAAAAUGUAGGCUCGUUUUGAUGUUGUGUUUCAGACCGUCAAUCUGUAGUCGUGUUUCUGACUUUCUUUUGAUGUAACUUGUGUUUGUAAGCCCCUUCCGAUGUUGCGUGUAACAUUUUGGAACAACCUCUUAUUUUUCAUUUUCUCAGUUUGUAUCUGCUCGUUGUUAUGUUUCACGCAAUGUACGGUGUGGAUAAAGUUGCGUCCCGGGAUGAAUUUAUGACUUCUCUGUUUUCUGAUACAUCUACAUACGGAAGUUUUUGUAUGUUUUAGGAUCGGGCUUGAGAUGUAAGGUUAAGACACUAUAGUUUUAUGAAACGAUGUUUAACG